GUAGGUUACAGGUGGCAUUAUGACAUCAUUAUGACAUCACAGACACUAGGUGGUAAUAAAUUGCUGCUGCUGGGAGGUGCGGCUUUGAUAGGUGAAGAAGGAGUUGUCGUCUAACAGACGAAGUUGAGAAUGAUGAAAAUUAUUCUUUUUACGAUUUUUCUCAUGGUGAGCUUGCUCACCAUGGGGACCCAAGGCCGGCCUAUAUAUCCAUCUAAAGGUAAGGGGGAAUUAUUUCUAGGAUUUUCUAUUAGUAAGAAUUAAAAAACAAAAUUAAAUAGGGCUACAGGCCUAUUAUCAUAGCAGAGCCCUAUGGCUGAUGCGCCCUCCCUAUUUGUUGUUAUUAUUAUUUUAAUUACAAAAAUAUAGGUCAUUUAUUUUUAAAGAUAUUGCAGUAUUGUACAUAUUACUAUGUUUUACAUAAUGGCAAUUUGAAAAAAGAAGAUUGAACACCCGUCACUUUAUCAGACAGACAAGUGUUAUGUUAUUAUUAUAUAUACACUGCACUGUCUCUUAUUUCCUUCUUUACACCGUGUGGGGUAUUUUAGGGAGCGCCAGCUUCCAACACCCCUCUUAUUCUGUAUGUAUUUAUCACAGCAUUUACCCGCCCACAUUAUGUGUCGCUGCGAUAUAAGUACCGAUGUAAUUCCUGUUCUGGUAACACUAUCGUAUAAUGUCGCUGCCAGAGCAAAAGCAUCAACAAUCCUUCAUUCCUGUGUCAGGGUUUUCUUUUUUCUGUGUCUAGUAUUUAUAGGAUGUUUUAUUAUUACUACAGAGCAAAUAAUAUAAAUACAAUGUGUAGAUAGAUAGAUAGAUAGAUAGAUAGAUAGAUAGAUAGAUAGAUAGAUAGAUAGAUAGAUAGAUAGAUACUAGGGCCAAAUACCAGCUAGCUGGCUCCAUGCAGUAGGUCACAGGUGGCAUUAUGACAUCAUUAUGACAUCACAGACACUAGGUGGCAAUAAAUUGCUGCUGCUGGGAGGUGCGGCUUUGAUAGGUGAAGAAGGAGUUGUCGUCUAAGGAUGAAGUGAAGAGCAAUGAAGUUUAUACUUUAUGCGAUUUUUCUCAUGGUGAGCUUGCUCACCAUGGGGACCCAAGGCCGGCCUAUAUAUCCAUCUAAAGGCUCGGCAGAGGCGCCAUUGGCGCAAGCUGCUCAAUCGAGGAGCUUUAAUUGGCAUCAAGUUACACUGGACUGGAAAACCGUGGGUACCAACAUCGGUUUCAUUGGACUAGUGAUACUUGCCGGAAUGUGCCUUUGCUGUACUGCAUACUUCCAAUCAUUGAAGGAGUGUCUGAGUAACGCCUUCCAUCGGCUGAUUUACGGAGUAGUGCAAGAUGACAUCGAGUCACUACUGCAGCAACAUCUACCCCAGCGAGCACACAGAUACCUGGAAUUGGACGAUGAUGAUGAUGAAGAUGAAGAACCCCGUGGAAAAGAUCGCUACCAUGUGAAACACGAGAUGGGACAUCAUCAGAGAGACCACCGCCAGAAAUACCAUGUGGCAGAGCGUCAUAACAUCAUGCGCAACGGGAGAAAGGACCCCAGGCAGAUGAAGAAAGAACAAAAACCAUCAAUAAAGAAGAUCUUAAAGAAGCCAAUCCAGAAACUGAAUGUGAAAAAAUUUGUGCCGAAAGCGCCCAAGAUCGUCCAGAAAUUGAAGGUGCCCAAAUUCAUCAAAAAAAUGAGGCGCUAAAAGUCACCAUUCAGGAAGGACGGCAUUAACAACCCUGUCCUGUGGUGAUUUUCUGGUCUGGAUGCUCGGCUGUUUCUGGCUUCAGAGGCUUGAUGGUGCCUAUUACAUUCGCCUGGCCGGUCCUGCCUUGGAUACUGUGGCACUGACCAUCGUGCGCAGACUGCAAACAUCUUGGAGGCCUCCUGCUGGUCUCUCUGUCAUUCCUGGUACUGCCGCUGACACCGCACUCUAGUGCUGGGCUACGUGGAGCUGGUCUCUGCUGUGGCUUCUUAUCCAUUCUGAGUGCUGGUGGUUAACAUCAAAAAUUUGCCUAACUUAAUAAAGAUCUUCUUGGGCACU